ACUUACUGUGUGACCCUCAGACAGAGAAGAGGAAACAAUAUAUUUGCAGGGCUGUUUUUAGUCAGAGAAUUUCUGAUCUAAAUUUACUUUUCCCAUUUGGAUCUAAUGAAAAACUCUACAGCAGAUUCAAUUUGAAGUCCGGGAACGACUGCACACAAGAGAGGAUUAAUUCUUCUUCAAGACCGAUGUGGCAUAUUAUGAUUAAAGGAACUUUUUCCUAAAAUUAAGAUGGAAGAUUUUUUCUUGGGCAAGCUGGAUUGAUUUCCUCUAAACUGGAAAAGCAUGAUAAAAGAUGUCAGCAUAGAAGAAGAGAGAAAGCUUUCUGAAAGUGUACACUAAACCAGCAGGGUUUGUUUCAAGGCUUCAAUAUAUUUUGGGCUUCUUGUAAAAGCCACAAACAGAAUAGACAAACGUUUGGAGUUUGAAAUCUUCGCUGGGACAUAAAAGCUAGUUUUAGCCAUGGCAGAGAGGAGACGAAUGGCCUACAGAGUGCACAGGGAGAUCCUGGAUGAAGAAGAAGUGGAUGAGAUGGCAGAGAAGUCUGACUCAAAGGGUUCUCUAACUCAGAAGUUCAAACAGUCAAUGAGGUGUUCUGGUCCCAGAUUGAAGAGCUGCUUGCUGGAUAGUGUUCCUCUUCUAUCGUGGCUCCCUAAAUACUCCCUCAGAGAAAAUGCCCUGGGUGACCUGGUCUCUGGAAUCAGCGUGGGGAUCAUGCAUUUGCCACAGGGUAUGGCCUAUGCCUUGUUAGCAUCUGUUCCUCCAGUCUUUGGCCUUUACUCCUCCUUUUACCCGGUUCUCAUCUACUUCAUCUUCGGCACAUCCAAGCACAUCUCAGUUGGAACAUAUGCAGUGAUGAGUGUGAUGAUUGGAGGUGCGAUAGAGCGAGUAGCCCCAGACUCAAACUUUAUAGUAUGGGACAAUGAGACCAACUCCAGUAUAGUUGAUAUCUUCACCCGUGAUGCAGAGAGGGUCCGAGUAGCUGCAGCUGUCACCUUCUUAUCUGGAUUAUUUCAGAUUCUGCUCGGCCUAGUCCAGUUUGGUUUUGUUGUGACCUAUCUGUCUGAUCCACUGGUCCGAGGUUACACCACAGGAGCUGCCAUCCACGUCAUUGUAUCCCAGCUCAAAUACACCUUUGGCAUCAGCCCUAAGAGAUACAGUGGGCCCAUGUCACUGAUAUAUACUGUGAUCGAGGUGUGUUACCUCCUUCCGACGACAAAUAUUGGUACUCUUGUGGUCAGUAUCGUCACUAUAAUCUCUCUCAUCCUCGCUAAGGAGCUCAAUGCAUACUUAAGUAAAAAACUGCCUGUUCCUAUACCUGUGGAGCUGAUUGGUAUUGUUAUUGCUACAAUAGUUUCAUGGCAAGUUAACUUGGAUGAAAAAUAUGGAGUGGAUGUGGUGGGAACAAUUCCUUCAGGUCUCCAGCCCCCUGUUCUCCCAGAUGUCUCUCUGUUUGGUCAGGUGAUUGGAGAUGCCUUCGCUCUGUCUGUUGUUGGCUAUGGCAUCGCCAUCUCACUGGGACGAAUCUUUGCCCUAAAAUAUGGCUAUAAUGUGGACAGCAAUCAGGAACUAAUCGCUCUGGGUCUGAGUAACGCCUUCGGAGGAAUUUUCCAGUGUUUCGCCAUUAGCUGCUCCAUGUCUCGCACCAUGGUUCAGGAGAGCACAGGAGGGAAGACUCAGGUUGCUGGGGCUCUAUCAGCAAUAGUUAUCCUUAUCAUCGUACUCUGGAUUGGAGCUCUCUUUGAAGAGUUGCCUAAGGCAGUGCUGGGCGCCAUCAUCUAUGUCAACCUCCAUGGCAUGAUGAAGCAAUUCAUGGACGUCCCUGCACUGUGGAAGAGCAACAAAGUAGAUAUGGUGGUAUGGGUGGCCACCUUCAUCUUCACCGUGCUGUUAAACCCUGACAUGGGACUGGCUGCUUCCAUCGGUUUCUCCAUGCUCACGGUCAUCUUCAGGACACAGCUGCCUAAAUACUCCCUACUAGGGCAGGUCCCAGACACUGACAUUUACAGACCACUGGAAGACUACAAUCAGGUGAGACAGGUGCCAGGGAUUUUGAUCUUCCGUUCCUCUGCCACCCUCUACUUCGCCAAUGCUGAGAUGUACCUGGAUGCACUUAGAGAGAAGUCUGGCAUUAACAUUACCAAGAUCCUGUCGGCAAAGAAGAAAUUAGAGGCAAAAAGAAAGAAGCUUGAGGAGGAAAAUGCCAAAAAAGCCAAGAAAGCUGCCAAGGAAGCUGCCAAGAACAACACAGCAGGCACAGUAAGGAUGACCACAGACAUGAAGGGGGAGCCAGAGGAGACAGAGCAAAAGGACAUUACUUUCAUUGAGAUGGAUCCUGAACCUGACCCCUCACUCCCUAGAGCCAUUAUCCUUGACCUCAGCCCUGUCAACUUCCUGGAUACUGUGGGAGUCAAGACACUACGUAGGAUCUGGACAGAUUAUGGGGAAAUUGGUGUAAAGGUGGUUCUCGCUUGCUGCCAAACUGGUGUUGUAGACAACCUGCAAGCUGGAGGUUUCUUUAAUGACAAAGUGACAAAGUCCUGUCUCUUCUCCUCCAUCCAUGAUGCCGUUUUGCACUGUCAGUCCUCAGGAAGACUGAGCCAAGAUGAGGAGAAUAGAUUUACACAUUUCUGAGUCCUGAGAGGAACGAUAGAGGAGACAGCGAAGAAGUACCAGACACUCUUAAUCUGUAUGAGGAUUUUUUAUCCAGUAAGCUUCAGAGAACUAGAACUCCCGUCUGUCACAAACACAGACACGCAAACCUGCCAAACCUACAGGCACACACACAAUGAAACAAACACAACACAUGAAAACAACAGAAUGUAAAUAAAUGACAACAUGCUACACAUUAGGAGUCACACAGUAAUAUGCCAUGAUGGAGGAGUAAAGACAAACAAAACAAUAGCACACACUCAUACUUUAAUGCAAAAAUAAUACAAACACAUAUGCAGCAGUUAAUGCAUAUUAAUACAGACUGAUAUUCUUCCGUGAUACAUUUUUGUGCAUCUUAGCUUUUUAAAAUAAAGUCAGAUUAAGCCUUUUAAUCACAAACAA